AUGGGAUCGAAGAGUCCGGGAGGCAAAGGAGGGGAACGGAGGCAGAGGCUUCAGGUAAACCUUGUGAUUAAUUCACAAAAUUUAAGAAUGAAGCCGAGCUACAGUACCUUGCAACCUAGUUCAAUCCCAGUGAGGGGAAACAAUGGUAAGGAUCCAAUCUCAGAGACUUGGGAUGGAACAUUCAAAUUUGGGAUUUUAUCUCAAUGGUCUACUCCUGGGCGUCCACGUGCUACCCGCAAGACCUUUAGUCUUGACGAAGCAAUUGAACACGAACUCAAAAGUGGCCGCAAAAUAGAUCGCGACAUGGAUCCCAUGAAGCUUAGAAGGAUUAUAUCCAACAAACUGUCUGCCCAGAGAACCAGAAUGAGAAUACUUGAAUACAUUCAAGCUUUGGAGGAAAUGGUAAAUCGUAAUCAGGCAAUGAUAUCUCAUCUCAAACGGCAAGUAGAAAGUUGCAAAAAUGGGAACAAAAUGUUGGUGAUGCACAAGGAAAAUCUGCAACGACAAUUUAAAUUUUUUGAAAAUGAGUCUAAGCGGGGCCAGGUUGAACAUGAAGCAAUGAAACACGAACUACAACAUCUCAAAGAAAUAUCCAAAGACAUGCAGCUUGGCUUCUGUCAAUAUGGAAAUGUGCAACAACUACCAUUUGAUCCGUUAUACCAGCAGCAAUGCCCGAGCACUUCUGGACAUGUUCAAUCUAGCCAUACAAACUUGCAAGGAUAUAGUGCUGCACCAUCAGGCAGAAAUUAUCUGUGGAGCUCCAACAUUAAUGGAUCUUGCCAGCAAUCCACAUCCGAAUUGAACAUAGAGCUGGCAGACACUGAUCAAUAUCUAAAUUUUGAUGCACUGAAUGCUGAUCCAUCUAAGGUAACACAAAAUUUAAGAAUGGAGCCGAGCUGUAGUGCCAUGCAAACUAAUCUAAUGCCAGUGAAUGGGAACAGUGGUGAGGAUCUAAUUUCAGAGACAUGGGAUGGAACUUUCAAAUUUGGGAUUUUAUCUCAAUGGUCUACCACUAGGCGUCCACAAUUGAACAUGCACUCAAAUUUGGCCAUAAAAUAG